GCCCGUGCGAGAUGGUCACCCCUAAACCCAGCAGGUGGGCAGCCCGCCCGCAACAGCUGCUGCUGCCAUCGCUCGCCGUCUUCACCGUCGCCGCCUCCGUGCUAACUGCUGCCGCUGCUGCAGAACAGACCAACAACACUGCCAGUCUAAUAUGUCCCUCUGCAACAACCAAUAUCCCUCUAUUCAGUCUUCCAUGCAAAAAUGAUGGUGACUGUAAAGCAUUCAAACUGCAAUGCUGUGAGGCACAAGGUAAAAGACGAUGUCUGAAGGGAAUUCCUAGACCAAAGCCAGAGCCUAUUCAUAAACCUUUUCGUAAUGGUGUGCCACGAAAUUGCCCCAAAGAACAAAUGGUUGAGCCUUUUCCGAUUAAAAACUGUACCACUGAUGAAGACUGCUGGCCCCGCAUAUGUUGCCCAGAUGGACAGGUCAAUUACUGCCGUAUUCCUUUACCUGAUUGGAGCCAAGUUCCUCAACUAUCAGCUUUAAUGAACAUGGUGAGCUACCUGCAAUGCUCACCACCACCACAACGGCUGUUAUUUAAUCUGCCACCUAGGCCAUGUCAGACUGUACUGGAUUGCUUUCCUAACCUGUGUUGUCAAGAGAGAGGAACCAAAGUAUGUCGUCAGCCUAAAAAGUCCAUUCUUCCACUGGUUGCUUCAGUCAUGCAGGUACAGUAA